CGUAUAAGAAAUGAAACAAAUCCGUAGGCGCCAAUUUUAAUUUUCCUUUUAAAAGACCAGUCCGUUAGUCAUCUUUCCCUCUUUUUUCUAAACGAAAUAUCUCUGAGUUUCAUCAGAAAUGCGAACUCGAUUUCUCAACAUUGACUACUUCACCUCCCUCCAGUCUCCCAGCGAAACCCUAAGUUUCCUCAAUCUCCCAAUCCCUCGCCUCCCUCCUUCCCGUCUCCCUAACUUCGAAGAACAUUUGUUCCGGUUUGAUCCCGAACCAAACAUCUCUCCUAAGAUCGGAAGAUUGCCGAUUGAAGCGGCUCUCUCUAAGUUUAUAUCAGAAGUUACGCCUCAAAAAAUUGAUGUUGAUUAUGGAGGUUUCGAGGAUCAUCAACCUCGAAAUGCAGAAGUUUGUGCCGGUCAGCAGUGGAGGUUUAGCUCUGGAACUAACCAGGUCGAAUGCUCCAAGGCAGAAGCCGAGGCUUUUUAUGAAGACAACGAAGAUAGGAUCCAAACAGCAUAUGGAUGUGAAGCUCUGGAGAAAGAUAAUGAGAGGAUCGUAGAUGAACACAUACGCAGGUUUGAGUUCAUCCAAUUUGAAAUACCAGAGCUUGAUGAAUUCCCGGAACAAGUUUGCUUUUCUGAAGAGGGCAUGCAAAUUCUCUCAGAAGUUCCAGACAUUGAGAAUGAUCCAAAUUUUCUCUGUCCGGGGCCUAAAGUGCAGUGUUUUGACAAGGUUCAAGAAUCACUUUAUUCAGUUGAACAUGUUACUUUAGAAUUUGACAUGGACGACAAAAAGGCUUGUAUGUUGGAAGAUGAUGAUUCUGGUCAAGAGCAAAUGAACUUCAAUAAUAACUCGUUUCCUCUUUUGGAAGUGGAUGAUGUAAGUCUCAGAGUUUUCACAAACCUGUCUGUAGAAGAUGAACUUUUGACAUUUCUUGAAAAUAUAAAUUCUAAAUGGGAUCAAAAGGAUAACCCUCUUAUUGAUGGGAUAGAGUUAUUGAGUUCUAUGCAAUAUGAUGUCUUGAAGUUCCUUUCAAACCAUUGUAUAUUAAAGCAGUGUAUUGAAUCUGAGCUGGCAUCCAUGGAUACAGACCUGGGAAUGGACAUUAUAAGUUUGGUGGAAAAUGACUCUGCAAAUUGCUUCUUUGCAAUAAGCCCACUUGUUUUUCAGGAAUUCGAAUUCCUUGAAUUAGACUCGUCUCAAAUUUACGGAGUCUUCUUUAACAUGCAAAAAACAGAUGAACCAGUAUCAUAUGACUGCAUGUACAGAGAGGACAAGAAGUUUAAGAAUUUCAAUGAAUUGAUUGCUAGUUGUGAGCUAGCUAUGGUGGAUGACACAUUUAAAUCAAUGCCUGUACCUAUUCUUUCUGACCCUGACAAGAUAAGGUCAUUGCAUACCAUUUUUGAGGAAAUACUAGCUGAACUAAAGCCAGAACUUCUUUCUGCAUCUGAUGGGAUUUACUUGGAUUGGCAUCUAUUGGAAAAAGAUAAAUGCAGUAGUAAGAUUUUUUCCUUCUAUCAGAAUGUGUUGGAGGAGUUGGAUUCGCACAGCAUUGAUCUUGAUCUGGAAUCUUUUAAUAAGGGUAAGGGGUUGAUAGAUUUUGUUUUACUGCAUGAUGCUUUGGACGGGCCAAAAGUCAAAGAAUAUGAGGAGUCACUUAAUAUGUUUCCCGAAGACAUUAUGAAUGAUCAGCUUAUAGGAGUUGCUUCAAGGGAGUCGUUGGAUGAUAGAAGCCUGAAAUCAGGAAUUGUGGAACAUCCAGCUAUAGAAAAUGCUGAGAAGGCAACAUUGUUAUUCAAAUCUAUGUCGCAAUUUAAUGACCUUGAUUUUUUCUUGAAUCCGGGGAAAGCCACUGGUGGGGGAAAAAGUGAAUCCGCAGUCAAGGCACCUGUUACUAAUGCUAUAUCUCCAAAGGAAGGAGGAUAUCAUUCUGUCUUAUCCGUGGGUGAAAAUAUGGAUGGUAAGAAGUUGAAGGAAAUGCGCAGUUUUCUGCCUACUGAGCGCAAACAUAAUGCACAAACUUCAGAAGCUGCAGGUAAAGUAGAAGCUUGCUGUAUGCCUAUGGCUGUUCCAAAUAUAUCAUACGCAAUGAAACCUGAGCAGACUCAAGGAGACAUGCUGUCUUUCCCUGAGAUCAUAAUUGUUGUGAAUACUCAAACUCUUGACAAGGAAAUGAUAGUGUCCAGAAGAAGCACAUACCAAAAAAUUCUUGCAAUGGAGAAAGAAGGAUUGCAAGUUGUAGAACGUGAUUUAAAUCUGCCAGUGGAUGUUGUGAUUAUGUCUUCUAUUUGCUUGGUUUGGUAUGACUGGAAAAAUAUUAGAAUGAAGGCAACUGCUGUAGAUGAAGCAUCUUCCUGCUUGCCAUUGUGUAUUGAGAAUAUUGCUACAAAUGUUUUGACAUUGUUGAGUUUCACUUUCAGCUGCUGCAUUCUGGUCUUUGAGGGAGAUAUCAACUUCCUGUCCACUGUAAUGGAAACCUCAGAUGGAAUCUACGCAGCUGCAGCAAGCCUGGGAGUUGAUUUACAGCUUUUCUGUUCCUAUUCAUCUGAGUUGACUGAUGAAAUUAUAUUGAGCAAUAUUUCAUAUGCGGCUAAGCUUUAUAAGGGCAUAUAUCCUAAAAUGCCUGAAUCAGAAACGCUUGCAGAAUCAUUCCUUACCAAUUUUCCUUCAGUAAAUCCACUGACAGCCCAUGCAAUACUAUCUUCAGUAGGCAUACUCAUUGAGUUUUUUGAGUGGCCAAACAAGCGCAGGAUCCUUGCAGUCCAUCAAUAUAAUGUUCCUGAAGAAAGUAUUACUUUAUUUAGUGCUUCAUGCAGCUAUGGUGAAAGGGAGGAUUCCAAAUCUACAAUGACAGACUGCUCCUCUUCUGUAUCCUCUGGUCCCGACUCGAAUAAGUGUCAUUUUAAUACUGCUUCUGAAGCAAAACUACCAAAAUGCAUCCACAGUCCCCUAAAAAUUGACAUUUGUGUGGAUGAUAUAUGGCAGCCUGAACCCUUAAACCAGUUCCCUGAUGAAGUACAGGGUCCUUCUGGAGUGAUAGAGCAUGAUAAUUCUUGGAUGUCAAGAGAAACUGCGAUACUUGAUGAUUUGCAAUGGCCGGGACCAUCUUUGAAAAAUUUGUUUGGUCAAAAACAGGGAUCAGAUUUUGCACAGGCCGAAGAUUUGUCUGCUAUCUCCAAGCCAUAUGAUUUCAAGAGCUCCAAAGAUCCUGUUAUAUUUGAUGAAAUCAAUAAUCCAAGGUUGUAUUCAGAUGAUAAAUUCUUGGGUCAAACUGAGGGAUCGGACAUGAUAAAAAAGAACAUGUUGGACCGGAAUACCACGAGUAAAUCUGAGAGUCUGCAUCAGGACCUUUUAGGCGAAGUUAUUGACCUCACUGAUAGUCUGGGUAAGGGCGUUCCUCCCAUUACUAACUACAUGGAUUUUUCAACUUGGCUGCCAGAAACAGAACAGGACACCACAAGAAAGUCUAAGGCUGCAAGAAGAUUGUCAUUUGAUAAAAACGGUCACCCAACAUUACCUACAGCUGCUGCAAUCAACUCUGGUUCAGAUUUAUGGUCCUCUAUUCCAAGACAAGGUUUGCAGCAAAACAAAAAUUAUCAUGACAGUGAUAUGCAUUUAAACCACCAGAAAAAACUAUUAGAGGAUAUUUUAACGCAGAGAUCUACAGGAAAAACCAAAGAGGUGCCGUUCAAAGAGGAGAUAUCUCAUUAUGGUGGAACAUCACUCUCUAAGGCAAUUCAUUCUGCCCAUCCAGAACCAGGUUCGCCAUGGACAAUAGAGUUUCUCAAUAGAAUCCGGGAAAAAAGUAGAUUGCGGCAGCAAUCCCUUCCAUGCGAUAUGUCAACCACUGAGUUUGGAUACUCAGGUAAUGUAUCAAAAGUUACUAAGAAAAGAAGUCCAUCUAUUCUGGAGUUUUUCAAAUAUAAAGGGAGCAACAAUUCUGGAAAAAUUUACGAACAAAAGAAACAGAAGCAGUCUAAACAAUUGCCAAGCCAAUCCAAAAGUGAAAGAACUUCAUCUUCUUUUCUUCCAACAGGGACACCGUUGGAAAAGAGGUCAAGACAAACUUUGUCCUUCGAAAAGAAUGGUAGUGGAAGCCAAACUAGGCUUGUGUGGACAGAUGGAAGUGCCCACCGUCUGAGCAAAAAGUUGCGAAAUCAAUAAAUGACAGAAGGGCGAGAAUGACGUGUUUAUUUAGGAUCACAUUGAUGAAGUUAGAGGUUGGUUCUUAAAAUUUAGCAACAAUGCUAUACUUUUAUUUUAAAUUCUGUGACUAGUUACCUUCUCGUUGAAAUAGUAUCCUAAAAUAUAGAUACUUUAGCUCUCUUUUCUUGUAAUUCUAUAACGAUGCUAUCACUUUCUUAGUUAGAAUUUGGAGGAUUUCUAUGUAUAUGAUGAAUACAAUAAAUAUUUCACCAAGAUUAUCAUGUGCAGCUCAAUCAACCUGAGCCUGCAGUUCUCAGUGCCAAAAUAAGAAACCUGAGUAUCUCCGCUGUCGUAAUUUCAAAAAACAUUUUCACACCAAAAGCAAUGUUAAAUUUUCAGCUAGCGGUAUACCUAUACUUUGUACAGUGAUUUCUGAUAUUUGGCAUCAAUUUUCUGUAUUAUGUCACUUUGAUAUCUUUGCUGCUACUCCUAGA